GGAAGAAACGGAAACACAGGUGCGCGUGUCGCAUCGUUUUGACUCUGCGGAUCAUUUGACAAGAUCUUGCCUGACAAGAAGUAUGCACUACCAUCGCGGAAACUGCGAGAAUGCCAAACCACGACUUGGCACCUGAAUGCAGACGCCAGUACACCCAAAAGGACAAGGGAGCAACUGAUAACGAGGCGCUCAUUUUUCGCUUCGCAGGCCCAUCUGUAUAUUCACCCAUGGGUGUCUUGUUCUGUUCAUUUCACUUUCUCGCUGCUGCUCUCUUUUCACCCAACCGCUGCUGUAUCUUUCACUCGCUUGUGGCAUUAUUCACAUCCGCUCGCUGCAUUAUGUUCUUUCUCGUCUCACUCGCUGUAUCAUCCACAAUUUCUCGGUGCAUUAUGCUCGUUCAUUAUUGUCGCACUCACUUUGUAAUGUUUGUAGUAGUACUUGUAUACUGUGCUCGCUAUACACGCCAGGUCAUUUUCAGAUGUUUGUACAUACACGAAUGGGAAUCGAGCAAGUCUGUGCAUGUUGCAUUUCUGAAUGCAAGCACGAUGAGUUUGAGAAUCGAGACAUACCCGAGGGGUCGUCUUCCAACUUGAUUGGAUUCCGCAGACGAUGGUGUGUUCAACUGCGGCUAUUUCUGACUAUCGACCUUCAUAGCCCAGCAUUAAUCUCAUACAUCUUAUCGUCCCUACCUCAGGCUGCAAUAAAUGUCACUUUG